AUGCGGGGCUACUGGGGGAGGCGGCGCUACGAGAGGCUGGCCGGGCCGGGCAGCCACCGGCGCGAGGACCGGGCGGGUCUCGACCCGGCCCCCGGGAGGCGGCGGAGGAGGGGGCGGUCCUGGCGGGUCAAGGUGGCGCCCAGGGUGAAGCUGCUCCGGCUCGCGGCGUCGCCGAGGAGGUUCUUCGUCUGGCUCCGCGACGCCUACGUGAAGAUGAUGCUCGGGUUCGCGAGCUCCGGCAUGCUCGGCGGCGGCGGGUUCGGGUACGGGUACGGAGCGUCCGUCGGAGACGCCCGGGCCGCGGGGUUCGGGCGGGCCACGGCGAAGGAGUACGACCAGAAGAUGCUGGUGGAGAUCUACAAGUCGAUGCUGGUGGCGCAGGGCCAGCUCGCGCCGCCGCGCGAAGCCGGGAGGCUCGGCUCCGAGGUCGCUUGCCGACGGGUGGAUUGA